UUAGUGCAUGGGCCCGUUGACAGACUGUGUGCAAUCCGUCGUGAGAGAGAGAGCUUUGCUAGGCAUGACAACAAACAGUGAUCUGUGACUACAAAGUUUGAAUGUGAGCUCUUUGUGAUCAGGCAGGAAAGUUUGAGAUUGUGUGUACUAUACUGUCGAAGUAAGAGUGCGUUUCAGUUUGAGUUUUAUCCAGAAUGUCUGUUAAUUCAAGAAUGGAGCAGCUCCAAGCAACAGUUGAAGAACUUAAGAGGCUUAGUAAUUUGACAGAACGACAGAAAGUGAAGGACAUUUUGCUAGUCGAAGCCAGGAAAAUUGAGACUGAAAUCUCAUUAUUGAGAGAACAGAGCGGAGCAGAAAUAGCAGAAUCAUCUUCAGGUGGUGUCCGAAUUGCACCUGCUCGAUGCUAUGAUGUGCGAUUAACUAAUUAUGCAUGGGACCAGUCGGACAAAUAUGUUAAAAUUUAUGUUACUUUAAAAAAUCUGGAAGCACUCGAUGAAACAAAUAUUGAAUGUGUUUUCACAGAAAGGUCUUCCAGUCUUAAGGUCAAUGGGCUUGAUGGCAAAAAUUAUAUACUGAAUAUAUGCAACUUGUUAGAGAAGAUAAUUGUUGCAAAGUGUUACUGGAAAAAGAAGGGUGAUACUUUGAUUGUUUUCUUGGCCAAAAAGUCUCCAGGGGCAAACUGGUCACAUAUGACAUCAGUGGAGAAGAAAGCAAGUGAGCCGAAGGUUCCAAAACUAAACCAUUCUGAUGACCCAAGUGCUGGGCUGAUGGAUAUGAUGAAACAGAUGUAUCUAGAAGGCGAUGAUGAGAUGAAGAGAACCAUUGCCAAAGCCUGGGCAGAAUCUCGUGACAAACAGUUACCUCAUUAAGUCACAGCUGUCGCAAACUCUUAAAUAAGUAUCAGUUUUGUUAAAGCUGUUCUCUGAACAUCAUGUUCAGACCCUAAGGACAGAUAAUACAAAUUUUUGUGCAUUGCAGUGUUGUGCCAGUAGAGAGAUUGGGAUCAGUCAUUCAACAAAGAAUAAAUUGAUACUUCAUGACUAAACAGAUUUUAUGUGCAGUCUUUGACUAAACCUUAAUGAAUCAGAAUUGGUAAUAGACUACAGCACAAGGAAUCAGUUAUUUGUUAUAGCGUCCUGUAUCUUAUGUUUGUAGUUGAAAGUUGUCAUGUGUAUGUGUGUAUUAUGUUACAUGUUGUAUUUGAAUAUAUAGCAUCAUUUUGUCAGAUUGUUUCAGCUAUAUUGUGUUCAACAAUGAUUUUUCAGUAUUCACACAGUGGAAAUAAUGAACUUCCGCUAAAUUAGUGAGGAGAGGCAACAUGAUUGUUAAAAAAUUGAUUUAGUUCUUCUCGUAAGUUGCCCAAAGCGAUGCAGUUAAAAAAAAUAUUUGUAAGGUUCUGUAGUUAUGCAUGGUAUAAACUUGAACUCUGAUACCAAUUUUGGAGGUUGUUCAGAGAUAUUUUCAGAGUAUUUUGGUAUGAGGGACCCACAGUAUCCAGUUGCUCAUCUGAGAGUAAAAAUUUAAUUAGCAUUUAUUUGUAUAGUUACCGUAGUUACCUUUGCUUCUGUGAAAAUGUGCUUCACAACAAAAGCACUUGUAAUAUGGAAUCACCUAAGUGGAACAACCCAGUUUGUCAUAAGUGCUUAUGUACUGAUAUAAAAUUACUGUGAUGGGGUUGCUGGUGCUUUCACUGAAUUUAUGCUGCUCUGUCUCACUGUUAAUGUAAAACUAUCAUUGGGGGGGGGGGGAUGCAAGCAUGAGGGUAGAGGGUUAAAUCAGUACUACUAUUAACAACAAGAAGUAAGUAAAUUGAACAAGCUUUUUUUCUAAACAAGGCACACAGCAUAUAAGUAGACAUUGACGCUGUUAUGGGGAACAGUGAAACCCCGCUUUUACCCUUUUUGAGGGACCUUAAAAAAUGGUUUAAAAUGCAGGAAAAUGUAAAAGUUGGGAAAUAAUGUUUUAAGCCGUAAAAGUUACGUAUAAGAUACCCCCUUGCAAUUUUGCACUUUAUGUAUGUGCACUUAACAGGCAUCAAAAUACUUUAGUCAGGGAAUUUAUUUAAUAAUAAAUAAGGUUUAUUAGCUAAUAAAAACUCCUGUUAUAACAGGAACUGAUAACUGGGAAGAAAAAAAUUUGAUUCAAUUUCAUACGUCAUAAUCAAUGUUUCUGAAUGGCUGCAGCUGUCAUUACUUAACCUAGUUAGUCCCAUUAGCCACAACGCAGAGUAGAGUUUGGCAGCGGCAGGAGAUACGGCACAAAUUGUUGUAACGUUUACGUGCUUACCAGUUAAAAUUUGCUAAGUAGAGCAUCCUGGUGUCAAGAAACGUAACCACAUAAUGAAAAAACUUCCUGGCAGAUUAAAACUGUGUGCUGGACCGAGACUCGAACUCGGGACCUUUGCCUUUCGCGGGCAAGUGCUCUACCAACUGAGAUACCCAAGCACAACUCACGCCCCGUCCUCACAGCUUUACUGGAGAGUGAAACUCUCAUUCUGGAAACAUCACCUAGGCUGUGGCUAAACCAUGUCUCCACAAUAUCCUUUCUUUCAGGAGUGCUAGUUUUUCAAGCAGAAGAGCUUCUGUAAAGUUUGGAAGGUAGGAGACGAGGUACUGGUGGAAGGAAAGCUGUGAGGACGGGGCGUGAGUUGUGCUUGGGUAGCUCAGUUGGUAGAGCACUUGCCUGCGAAAGGCAAAGAUCCUGAGUUCAUGUCUCGGUCCAGUACACAGUUUUAAUCUACCAGGAAGUUGCACAUUUCUGCUGCAGAGUGAAAAUCUCAUUCUGGUAAUCACAUAAUGUUUGUGAACACUACUUGACUGCCAACAUCAUGCCAAUGUCAUUUUAUGUCAGUUUUUUCUCCACGAACGUUUUUCAUAAAGCGUAAAUCAUGGGGAAAAUAUAAAUAUGUUGACACACAGUGGGUGCGAAUUAACAUUGUGGACUUACAAAAUUUGAUGGGAGCAAUAAAAAACUGUUGUAAACAGCAGGAAACCAUUAAUUCCGGGAACGUAAAGGCGGGGUUACACUUUUUUGAGCCCAGUGCAGAUACAAAGAUAAAUACAGGUACAAAAUAAAAAAAUGCAAAUACUUCAUGAUGAUGAACUGCUGGGAGACUACUGGUCUUGUGUACCAAAUUACUCAAAGUAUUUCUCAGAGAGCUGAAACAUUUUGUUGGACCCUGCAUACAGUGUCUGUACAUAGUAAUAAGUACCCAAGAACAGGAAAAAGUUGCUUCUCAAAUCGGAAUGCAUGGUUUACAUAUUAUAAAACAUUUUGUGUGAUUGGCACAAUGCUUAUGUAAAUUGAUUCUUUUUUUGUGAAAGUAUAUUUUGAUAGAAGUGAAGCAUUUGUUCUUUGACGUAACUACCACUUUCCUAUUUUUAGUAGGUUUCAUUAUGACUGUUGACAUACAUACCACUGGGUGAAUUUCCUCAUAGUACUGUGUUUUCUUGUUGUACUUGUUUUUUUUUUUGUUUUUUUUUUUUUUGUAAACAUUUAAAGGAUCAGCUGAAUUGUACAUGUAUUUACAGUAUUUACCAUCUUUUUAAAUUUACCUUAUUAGAAACUGUUAAUGAAAUAUGCUGUAAUAUGAUACUACUCUGCAGUUGAAACAUAAGAUAGUCCAAAAACUUGUAGAUUGAAUUAAUUCUUAAAUUUAGUGUUCACAUAUAAUCAUUAGUAGUCUAUCAUGUAUUGAACUGUUGGAAAUAAACUGAUAAUUGUAA